AUGACACCAACAUCUGUAUGGUGGGAGAAGAAUUAGAGUCUGCUGUAAACCUGAUGUAUGAAGAUAUCCCAAGACAGUGUCUCAGUCUCAUCGCCGAAAAGGCCUGGGAGCAAGGACACGUAUGGGUGCCCAUUUUCAUUGACCCUCACAACUUCAGAACAGUAGGAGUUUUGAGCUAUCUUCGCGAGAAGAGAGGAAAUGGCAGCAAUAGCAGCAGCAGCCCCUGUCGUGCCACUGACGUUGCAGAUGGGUGCACCACACCCCUGCCAGAGGAUCAGGUGGGGUCUCCAGCAGGCUCCAGUGGCUGUGGGCAAGCAGCGAAGUGGCAUGAGCACUGGCUGGAUAGCGACGAGGGCACCAGGUCUGCUGCUAUGGAGUACAAGAAGGGAGCACUCACUGCAGAAUUUGGAGGAUCGUACAAGAAGCGUGUGCUGGCCCUGGUCCUCCUCCGCUGCCUGAGGCGUGGGCUUCUCUUCCAGUUGUCUCCCAACAAUCGCGAUGCAGGCAAGUUCGGCGAUGUGGUGCUGGUGUGGCGACGCGAGGAACAUUCUGAGGUGCACGCCCUGCUCGUCCAGGUCAGACGCAUAACCGCUAGGAGGAUGACCAUCGCCAGGCGCAUGUGGCUGACCCAGACUUCCGGCGGUUACUUCAGUCUCAGCAAGUACUGCACCUCCUACAGAAAAAUUAACAAGUCACUGGUGAACGGCAGAGUCACAUGCGUCUUGCUGACGAACAUCUGCCUCGAUGACAGUAGCCUCAGCUUGUUUCAGCGCCAGGAUGUGGGCAGUGUCCCAGGUCUGGAGCUGCUAGAGGCUGGUGGUGACCUGUACAAGCUCAACCCUAAAAACGAACGGGUGUGGAAGGCAGUCCAUGAGGACAUAAGCUUUGUGGAGAAUUUCUACCUAUUGUGUAAUCAGAGGGAUUAUGUGAAAAUAUUGGGCGACAUUUACAGAGAGCUGGAACAUUUGUUGGGCGCAGGUAACCUGUGAGGAUCCAUCUGGUAAGAUAUGUGUGAUGACCUCAUGUCUUGGAUGUACAAAUAGUGUGUGUGUUUGACGAGUGGCUGGAGCAAUUGUUGGACACUUGUAGUUGAAUACACCAGGAAAGAGACUGAGUGAAGAAUGGUGACCACCAGACGUGAGUAUUGCAGUGUGGCUGUUGUUUCGGGUUAAAUAGAGUUCUGUAACUCAGCAAAGAUGAAGCCUCCAGAAAUGGGAACGGUGGUUCUCUCUGCUACUGACUCACCAAAGACUGGCUCACAAAACGCACACCUUGGUAGCUAUGGACAGGUUCUUCGCUGCUGGGUAUGAAAGAGUUAAUUUUUUGAAUUGUACAAAUUUUUUUAUGUGAUCUCAGAAAAUAUUUUGCAUCAUUAAGUACAAUUAGGCACCAUUGGCCACCAUCAAAACAAUUGAAAUCAGCAUCAGAUGCUAACCCAGAAAUGCUUUGUUGUAGCAAAUGCAUAUACUGCUGAGCCAAAACAUAAUUACCAUGUGCUUAAUAGCGUGUUCCUCCACUAUUGGAACGCAAUACAGCUGCGAAUGUGCUUGACAUGCGUUCGAUAAUUGUUUGGUAGUUUUCUAGACUAUGUGGCUGAAGGAAAGUUUCAGAGAGAACAUCGGGAAACACUGGACUGUAACAGGUGAAAGGAAUACGAUUGAAGUUGGAUGCAUAGCUUUCAGAGAUGAAAUAGUAAAGGCAGCACACGAUCACAUAGGUAAAAAAGCAAGACCUAGUAGAAGUCCCUGAAUAACUGAGUUUAAAUGAUGAAAGGAGAAAAUAUAAAAAUGCAGCAAGAGAAUACAAAUGUAUAAAAUAUGAAUUGACAGAAAGUGCAGAACAGGUAAGCAGGAAUGGUAUGCAGAACUAGGGGACGGAUGAGACCUCUGAAGAAAAUAGAAGCGACUGUGUGAAUAUCAAGAGUUUUGCAGGUACUAAGCAAAGGAGACAAUGAAAGGCGGACGGAACAUAUAGAAUGUCUAUACAAGGGAAACUUCAAAAAUGGUUCAAAUGGCUCUGAGCACUAUGGGACUUAACAUCUGUGGUCGUCAGACCCCUAGAACUUAGAACUACUUAAACCUAACUAACCUAAGGACAUCACACACAUCCAUACCCGAGGCAGGAUUCGAAUCUGCAACCGUAGCGGUCACGCGGUUCCAGACUGAAGCGCCUACAACCGCUCGGUCACUGAGGCCGGCGCGAGAGCUAACCACGACAAAAUUAUUGCAUCUGAUGUGCAAGAUAUAUGAUACUGGGGAAAUACACUCACUCACACUUAAGGAAAAACGUAAUAAUUGCAAUUCCAAAUAAGGCAGUCGCUCUAAGUUGUGAAUUAUAUCGAACCAUUAGUUUAAUAAGUCAUCAAUGCAAAAUACUGACACAAGCUAUUUACACAAGAGUGGAAGAACUGGUAAAAGGCAACAAUGUGGAAAAUCAGUUUGGGUUUCAGAGAAAUACAGGAACACAGAUGCCUGAUCGUACCACUUAUCCAAGAAGAUAGAUUGAAGAAAGAAAAACCUAUGUUUAUAGCAUUUAUAGAUUUAGAGAAAGCUUUUGACAAUGUUAAGUGCCCUAUAAUCUUUGAAAUUUUGAAGAGAGUAGGAAUAAAAUACAGGGAGUGAAAUGGUAUCUAUAACUUGUACAGAAAUCCGUCCGCAUCUAUAAGAGGUGAGGUGCAUGAAAGGCAAGGAGUGAUUCAGAAGAUAGUGAGACAGGAUCGUAGGUAUCUCCAAUAUUAUUCAAUCUGCACAUCGAGCAAGCAGUGAAGCAAACGAAGGAGAUAUACAGGAAGAGAAUUAGAGUUCAGGGAGAAGGAAUGAAAUCUCUGCCGUUUGACGAUGACACCGGAAUUCUGCCAGAGACAGAAGUGGGCUUGGAGGAGCAUUUCAACGGAAUAAACAGUGUCUUGAAAGUAUAUAAGAUGAACAUGAAUUAAAGCAAAACAAGGGUAAAGGAUUGUGAUCGAAUGGUGAGGGAAUGAGAUUUCGAAAUGAGACGCUAGAAAUAGUAGAAGAAUUUUUGCGCUAUGGGUCGUAACAUAACUGAUGGUGGCCGAAAUAGAGAGGAUACAAAAUUUUGACUGGCAAUAGCAAGAGAAGUAUUAU